GACGGGAGAGCCACUGCAAAGUCGAAACUCGGAAGCUACAAAUACCAGACCGCUCUGAGCAAAAAUCUCCGAGUCAAGUGCCAUCUAGCAGAUUAUAUUAUUUUCAUUUGCUUUCAGUAAUUAGCCCCCACCCUUUGCAAACGGCAUUUUGCAGAAGGCUCUCCUGACCGGCUCUACCAGCUGCCAACUGUUCUCCCUCCACUAUCUGUGGGUCAGCCUGCUCUUUCAUGCACUCAGAUAAUCCUGGGAGCUCAAAUACUGACGUCUGCGACAAUCUACGCAUCACAGCCAUGGAAAAAUUGCUGAGAACGGAAUUGAAAACCUCUCUUCUGAAGGCAUUUGGGAGCUCAGGAGGAGGGUGCAUAAGCCAAGGGCAGUGCUUUGAAACCGACCACGGGCGAGUGUUCGUUAAAAUCAACGGCAAACCUCAGGCUAGGACAAUGUUUGAGGGCGAAAUGGCAAGCUUAGAGGCCAUUCAACAAACCAACACCCUUUUGGUUCCAAAGCCAAUUAAAGUGAUUGAUCUUCCUGGAGGUGGGGCAGCAUUUGCUAUGGAGUACCUGAAAAUGAAGAGCCUCAGCAAAUACUCAGCAAAACUUGGAGAGCAAGUAGCAGAUCUUCACCUUCACAACCAAAAACUUGGAAAGAAAUUAAAGAAAGAAGAAAACACAGUUGGAAAGGGAACAGGAUUGAAUGAACCCCAGUAUGUGGAUAAGUUUGGAUUCCAUACGGUCACCUGCUGUGGCUAUAUAGUUCAGGUAAACGAAUGGCAAAGUGACUGGCCCACUUUCUUUGUACGCCAUCGUCUCCAAGCCCAAAUGGACUUGAUUGAGAGAGAGUAUGGAGACAAAGAGGCAAGAGAACUGUGGUCUCAACUAAAGCCAAAGAUUCCAGAGAUGUUUUGUGACUUAGAGAUUGUUCCUGCCCUCAUUCAUGGGGACCUGUGGGCAGGAAAUGUAGCUGAAGAUAACUCUGGCCCAAUUGUCUUUGAUCCUGCUUGUUUCUACGGCCAUUCAGAAUUUGAACUUGCAAUUGCUAUGAUGUUUGGUGGCUUCAGCAGCUCUUUCUUCUCCACUUAUCACAGCAAAAUUCCCAAAGCUCCAGGCUUUGAGAAACGCAACAAGCUUUACCAGUUAUUUAACUAUGUUAACCACUGGAAUCAUUUUGGAACAGGGUAUCGAGGAUCUACUCUUAACGCAAUGCAGGAACUUUUAAAAUAAAUCUUAGACAUGUCUAAGAAAAGGUUAACCUGCAUAAUGGGUUCCCCUGCCUGAAAUUAGAAUAACUGUUUCAAAGAAUGUGGGAGGCUACCGGGAAGUUACAGAAUGCAAGGGUUAAGAUAGCAUUUGUGCAUGGCUGACUUGUCACAAAAUGCUUGGUCUUGUAAUUUCUGUAUCCUGUAAUUUUUAAUCAACACAUUAACCUCAGUACGAUGUCCUAAUCAGCUAAAACAAUUGCUGCAGUUAGAUAGAAAAGGAUAAAACAGGAUAAAACAGUUUCACUGUACAGAGGAAAAAAGGGCCAUCCACCCCGUCCUCCUUCCAGCUUCCAACUUCGAGGAAGAACAAAACAGUAGGUAAAAACAGUAGAUAAAACGUGGAGCUCGAUAUCAAGCGUCUGCCUCAGCCGCCAUCUUGAGUUAGUUUAACACAUUAACCAUUUUAGUAAAGCAGAAAAAAACAAUAUACAAGGCAUUAUUUGAAAUAAUAAAUUCUGUGAACAACUUAUAGGUAGUAUAAGCACUGUCCACUGAAUAGCUAAAUGCUUCAUUAUGCAUCAUUUCUAUUGCCAAUGAUCUGGUCUCAUUAUUGAAUGUUAGUGUUCAAUCAAUCCUGUUUUGGGAUUUUAAGAGCAAUACAUUAAUUUUAGAAGACCCAGAGGCAAAAAUACACUGUCCACAAACCCUUUGAACAUGUGAGAUUGCUGCAUGAAUGCAGUCUGGGAGUCCUGAUUUUUCCCCUCGCUGACAGCAGCUCCCUUGCGCUGUAUCACAAACUGAUUUUAAAUUUCCCUGCAUUUCAGAAGUAGCCUGUCAAAUACAGCUGGCUCUCCAAGACAAGGAAGCCCUGUUCUACACAUACAGUUCACCCUGUGCACUAGAGAAUUACAACCAUAACGUAUAUAUGAAAAAUUUCUCAUUUCUGUCUGAACGUGCUUGAAUAAUGGCUUGUAAUAGCUUGGCAGCAGCGGGAUGAGCAGAAGAAACCUCUCAUGCUGGUAGGUGGCCUACUAGCCCUUCCACUCCUCCUUUGAUCACACCUACUUAGCCUUACCCUUUCUCACCUUUGCUCAAGAUUUUUGUCCUGUAUUCAUUUUAUCAUAUAAAGUUUUUAUUAGUUUUAGCAAGAAUAGAAACAGACGACUACAGAAAAAAGAAAUACAUAUAACAGAAAAGCAACUAACAACUAACAACAAUGGAGCAUAUACUCGUUUCAGUUUUAGUGUAACACUUUAAAAUCAAAUAAAGUUCUGUACACCUGUCUCAAUUAAGCAUCUAAUCUUAUAACAGUUCUCUUUCUAUUUUACAGUCACGUUGGUAGUUUUCCAAGAUAACUUUCAAUCCAUUUAUAAAAUCU